UCUCUCUCUCUCUUUCUCUCUCUCUUGCUGUGUCCACAUAUUUGUCUGUGUAUACAGUGCUCUCCAGAUGUCAACGUUCACCACGACCGGGCAGAAAAGGAAGCUGGGCGGAGAGUGUCAUGCAAGGAUGGAUGACUUCCUUCCCCCAGGCGGCAAGGACCACAAUACACCUGAAACGGAUCGAAACAGGGGUCGGACUGUAGUUAGCGACCGAGAACAUAUCGGCAGGCUAACAGAGGAGGUGCAUAAGCAGAAAGUACUGCUUAGAGAGAUGUCAGACGAACUACGCCGCGUCAAGUCGCUUCUCGACGAAAUGACGGAAACCGCGGAGCACAAGAUGUUCACCGUGUUCUGGUUGUUGUUUGACAACCCGAAAGAUAUACUAGACGUUACUCGUCUGAGGGAGGACAUGUCAACCAGACUUCAGGCAAUUGCUGAAACGAAGAACACCACGUUCGACGAGUUUCAGGCAUGGCUGGAUAUUGAAAGGGAAAGGCGCACCGCCRUCUUGAAGCGGUUCUCCGCCCAUGUCACGAAGACAACAAACAGGGAAUCAGACGGAGGGGAUGUCAUGUGUCUUGCCAGCUGCGAAAAGUGUGUGCUCAAGGAGGGGUGGGCAUCGUACAAUUCCCAAGAUUACAACACAGGUUCGCUACCUACGAUGGCACGCAGCGUCGUUGACCUCUUAGCCUUCGCCGAGGACUGCAUUCGCCACUGUACGAAAACUGUUGACGAGUACGGUCUGAGUGAAGUGCGUGUCGGGUCUGUUAAUGACGAGCUUCUUGCAAAAAUCGCGACUCUGCUGAGCAGUUGCUCCGACGUAAUGGAUGCCCUGCAACACACUCGAGGCAGGAUGUUGGCUGGGGAACUGACGGUGACAUGUACGGAAAGAGAUGUUAUGGGAUGUGGAGAAGGUGAAACGAAGAAGGGAAGAGAGGAACCUGACAGACCAAUCGGAGUGUGUUCGGGGAAUGGGGCCACUCUUGGGAAGGAUGCGCCUGCGCCACAUGUCCUGUUUGCGUGCAGUGAUGUUGCCGCACUGAAAUCUCACCACGUGCAGGGGAAAGUGUUCGCGGGUGAGCAGGGGUACACAUACAUGCAUGCCAGAGGGGAGGAAGCUACUGCUGAUGGAUUGUCACCGCUGGUAUGGAACCCGCCCAACCUGAAGCCUGACGUUCUGGCUGCCAUGGACAUUACGGCCCAUGUCAUCCCUGAGGGGCAGUUGCAGCACCAUGUGGCCCCUCAGAAGUAUGGAUAUCGUGUGAAUUGGCUGCCAGGAUGUCUGCAUCCUGCAACAGUUGAUGGCAAGGUGACCAUGGCGGCCAAACUGCAGACAGGCCAUUGGCUGCCCUUGGGGUGGAUGCAUGCAGACAUGGUGGAGCAGUGGCAGUUUCUGGUGGUACUGACACGUGUGUUCAUUUUCAAUGCAGAUGUGAAGGAGCACGUUUUGGUUGUGGAGCAUGCAAAGCGGUGCUGGGAGAAGAUAAGGGAGGAGGACCGUCAGAUGGUGUGCAUGGGUUACGACUCCAUGCCAGAGCAGGGGAUGUGGUGCAUGGUUGAGGGGAGUCCUGGUGGGCAAGGGCAGGGCGAUGGGGAGAACAUGUACAUGGGUCACAUCAGCCGCAAGCAUGGAUGCUCCGCCCAUGUUGGUUGGGUCCCGCCCGUAUGUCGCCUGACAUACGAGCAAGGUGGAGAGAUGACGAUUAGGUUCAAGGACCCGCUUGGUUUGCCGUUUCUGCUGACGUACUCGGAUGGCCUCCUGCGAGACAUUCGGUAUAUGGUGCACGAGGAUACCCGAGGUGGACUUCAGAGGCCGGGACAGACGAAGGAGACACGCCUGGGGCAUCAGGGUGGUUUGUCUGCUGAGGUGGAGGGCCCACGUGGCAGUGAGCGAGUUGCAGGGUGCUCUGCAGCACAGGCUGACGUGGCCGAGCCCAGCAACACUGCGAUGUCCCACAGCCCGAGGAAGGUGAAGGGGGUUGUGUCGAGGCCACAGAGGGGGAAGCCGGCUGGUGACAAGCGAAAGAAGAACCCCCAGCCUGAGCCACAGACCGGUGGCAAUGCAGAUGCGCCUCGCCGGGUCCAGAGACGCCGCAGACACCCCGGGAUGGCAGUUCUGAUAGAGAUCAGGAGGCUGCACCGAUCCACCGACCUUUGUAUCCCUUUCAGGCCCUUCUUGCGCCUUGUCCACGAGGUGAUGGAGAAGGACAUUUCCCCUGUUCAGGCCGUGAGGUUCCAGAUGACGGCCGUGCGUGCUUUGAUAGAGGUUGCGGAGGCUUACCUGGUCGCCAACUUCGAGAACACAAACGAAGUGGCGAUCCACUCGAAGAGGGUGACCAUCCAGGUGAGGGAUAUGAGACUGGUGGAUAGGUUGACGAAGCCUCGCUGGGUGGAGAAAUAUCAGGGGAUAUUGGACGAGAGGGCGAGGUCUGAGGACAGGCAGCGACGGAUGGACGCCAGACAGGCUGAGAGGGAAGGACGGGGAAGAGAAGAGGUCGAAAGACAAAGCAUUUGCAUCAUGUCGAUGUCGGUAGCACAGGUGGCGAAGGCUCUCGCAGAGGUGAUGAAGUAUGCAGAGGAGCGAUUCCACUACAACGACCGUGGCGAGUUGUCUUUGGUGGAGGAGAGGGUGCCACAGUACUUUGCUGUUACCGUGGAUAUGAGAUCCACGAUCAUGGCCAACGGCAGUGGUUGCGUACAGGCACGAACACUCUUGGAACGAUUGAGAGAGUCACCUGAUAUUCGUGUGGACAGCGACGCGGAAGACAGCCCAUACAGUCUAAAAGGAGUGGUKCAGUGGAUGUGCAGCGAAGGCAUGCGCRACGAAGGACUUGUCGACAUGUCAAUGCAGCAGAGAGGGGGGACCUAUACACCUGUGGCUUUCAGGAAGUUCAUGGUGAGUGUGGCGAAGGGAUGGGACAUGCUUGUUGAAGGGACGAAGGACGAGUUGAAGAGGGGUGUUGCAGAAAUACUAGUGCUGUCCAGAAUCAAGGACAUGACACAAACACCGCCCCACGACUUUCAAGAGUUUCCCAUUAUUGUUGCAGACGGUGUGGAAUACGUUCUGCUUGACCAGCUAUGUGACCUCAUGGGGAGGUCAGAGGCCGACAGAAACGUCAUUCAUGAGAUGUUGCACGAAGUCACAGAGUAUGCCGUGCAGGGUCGAGAUGUCAUUGAGUUUGAACCCGCGUCGGCAGGAGAGGAGAUCAUUAGUGGCAGACCAUUGUGGGGGGGCUUGUUGGGUUGUGCUCUGGAGCGGCUUGGUCUUGCAACCUGCGAUGUCGAGAGACAGAGAGAAAGGGAAGAGGGUUGGAGGAUGAUUGCUAGUGAAACAAGGUUACCGGUCAUUGAAGAAACCGGGGAGACAUCAGCAACACAAGAUACGAGCGGGGCGAUGGUGGUUGACGUGUCUACCUUGUACACACCAUCGACAGAGGAGUUGGUGUAUAUGGACACUUGUGAGCGUUUCUUCUUCGGGGAGCAGCAGGAGGACGAGCACACAGACGAUGCACAGCACAGAGUCGAUGCAGAGGAGGAGGAUAAGGAAGAGUGCGAGGGGUCUGACGUGGAUGUGAGCGGCAGCGACGUCAGCAGCGACGAAGCGGACGACGACAUACGACAAUGACGUGUACUACGAUCUCAAGACAGC